GCCUUUCAUAAAGUGGUAGAUUGUUAAUAGAAGGUAUGAUGCAGGCUUCUCGCAAGAUGACCUAACCGCCGCCCUGCAAGGCACAGGCUACGAGACCGAAGACCUGGGGAAUAUUCUCUUCCAUUGUACGAAUCCAGGCCAGAUUGGACAUGCCAAGUUGUGUGAGAGUGGGUGUCAGGAUCCGCCGCAGGAGGGGAGUCAUGGGUGUGAUGGAUAGUUACUUCUAGUAUUUGUGGGGGGUUGAGUUGUUGGGUAAUGGGGAAGUAUGGAGUAUGGAGUAUACUUAAAUGGGGGAAUGAAUGAAUGAAGGUUGAUUGAGAUUGCGGAGUAUAAGUAGUAGUAUCAUAGUAGGAACUGAAAGAACGGGGUACGGGAACGGAGCGGAAGCGCCAGUUGCCGCGCCCGCUGCCGGAAUCCCAGCCAUUUGGUUUUCCCUUGUCCGCUGGUGCUCCCUGGCUGGGUGAGCUGUUAUGGGAUCGUUACUCCAUAUUAUCUCGCUAUUUUCGGCAUCGAGGAGUAAAUUUGACGAUAUUUUCAUAUACUGUUCUAUAUACACGAUCGAAUCAAAGGUGUAUAGUAUAUACCUGGCUGUUUACCCCAAGAACCAACAUCUGAUUGAACGCUGCUUACUGGCUUGCGGCAUGACUAUUCCCUCUACUCCCUGUUGCGUCUGCCGCCUAAAGAGGCGCGGCUGCGACAGGGCCGUACCUGUCUGCGGAGGAUGCAUAAAGCGAAAACUGCACGGGCAAUGCUCUUAUCGUCCCGAGGACAUGCCUCCUAAGGUCUCUCAUAAGAAGGUGAGAACGUCGCCCCCGGCGGAUAGUAUGCAGGUGGUCGUUCCCCCUCCGUCUUCGAUCCAGCGCCCGCAACCACGGGAUCCUCACCAUACUCCUUCUGCGCGGCCAAAAAAGAAGCGUCGUCGCAAUGAGGUGCCAUCUUCUCAGCAGAAUGGUCAAGAUGAGAUCCCCUCUUCUCAACAUCGUCAAGUUGAAAUCCCCUCUUCUCAGCAACGUCGGGUUGUGAUGCCAUCUUCUCAGCGACAUCGCCAGCAUGAAAUUCCCUCUUCUCAACAUCGUCGGGAUGGAAUCCCCACUUCCCAGCAGCGUCAUAAGGACGGUAUCCCUUCCCAGCAGCCUCGUAGGGAAGACUCGGUCGAUGUAUACUCUGUCUCGUCGCGUCAGAGCCACCAUCCUGCACCCCCCUCAGCCGGGACUAGCAUCAACACUCACAUCGCGCGGUUGAGCCGGUUACAGCAUACCGUGGAUGCGCGAACCGGUCGGUUGAAGGAGGAACCUGUCGACGAUGGCAUGUUCUCACUGCAGGAUCCCAAACUCGCCAACAGUCACCCAGUCAGAGCUCGCAGCUCGAGCGUCGCCGAGUCCCCGACUCAGCUACCCUCGGAUUUAAUGGAUAAUCUGAUCGUCACGUAUCUGUCCCGUGAAUACGUGAACUGGCCCAUCUUCGACCUGGCUGAAUUCCAGUCCGCCCGCGAAAAAGUCGGCGACAUGCAAGAUCUUAGAGCUGGGUCAAGUGGCUUCCACGCCAUCCUCAUGAUGGUCCUGUGUCUUUCCGGUCUCAGGUACCGCCAGGUGGAUGAUGCGUAUCUGCAGUCGCUGUUUGACCAUGCCCAGAGGCUGACGGGUAGUCCCGACUGGCAGGGAACGCCCUGGAUGCGCGUCCAAUGCCUCUUUCUCCAAUGUCAGUAUCUCAAUGGGACGGGGAAUCCCCGGCAGGCCUGGGCGCUGAUUGGGUACACGAUACGCAUCAUGCAAGGCUUGGGACUGCAGUCCAAGACCAGUGGACGGGACGGACGGGAGAGACAGAAGCAUGAACUCGGUCGGAGGCUUUGGCACAGCGCCAUUAUCCUGGAACGUAUGCUGGCGUUGCAAAUUGGGCUAUCCCCGCAGGUGACCAACCCCCUGCAGGUCCUCCUCCCCACCCACCUCGAUACGGACUACAUCGACGCCGUCUCAGGCGGAACUCCCAGCUCCAGCGAAGAGCGGCCCUCCAUCAUCGAGUUCCUGCUUGCAUGCGCCAGACUGUACGGCCAUGUGGAGGACAUUGUCACAUGGGAGGCCGAUGCAAGAGUACGGCACGACAGCUGCGCCGCGAAGAAACUGCUGGCGCUGGAUUUCGCGCCGCUCCUCAAGACCGAUGCUUUGUUGUACGACUGGCAGACCUCGCUCCCAUCGUUUCUGCGCAUGGAUCAGGAGACACUGACCGACGAUCCCAUUGUCCGCCGGCAACGCAAUAUCCUCCGUGCUCGAUAUCUGUAUGUGCGUCUCCGGUUGUACCGACCCGUCCUAGCCCUGGGAGUCGCCCUAUCGGCCAAAUGCAGCUGCCGACCAGGCGGCCAUCCCCACAUGACCGGAAGUGAGACUUCAUCCGUGGACUCUCCGAUGGUGAAUUCUAUCGUUCGUGAGAUAUCCACCAAAUGCGCCCUCAUUGCGGUGGAGCUAGUCGAACUAAUAUGGAAGAACACGGACAACUUGCUCGACGGCGGGCCUGACGAUGUCAGGCUCAUGUCUGGUUCUCCGUACUGGGAGAACGUCGACUAUCUCUAUGCCUGUGGGUCCGUGAUCCUUGCCGCCCGACUCUGUCCGUUCCUGAAGGGCAACAAUGUAAUCACACGCUCCCGGCUGAAAGAUUGCCGGACGCGGCUCCUACUGCUGUUCAAUCCAUACAACGGAUUCCGGGGAAAUGGCCAAUUGGGCAAGUUGAUGCGCUUGUGUCGCAGCACACUCGAGAAUCUGUCCAGUGCUUUGAAGCGGGAUGCAGGGGGCGAUGCAGUCGCGGGCCUGGAUGAGGAGACGCGAAGCCGGCUGGUUGAUCGGACCAUGGACACGCCGGUUCGGGGUCGCGCGCGCAGACACAGUACCGCGUCGGUGAUACAACGGGCAUAUCUGGGCUGGAUUGAGAGUUUGCCAGUGGAUUUGGUGGAUGAGGUUGCCUGAUGCUAUAUACCUUGUGUUUAUCAGCGAAAUUAGACUCAACAUGAAGAAAAGUGAUACAGAUACCCAGGCCUAUAACAGUCAAUAA